CGUUUACCAAGAGGAAGUUUGGCCUGAUGAAGAAGGCGUAUGAGUUGAGCGUGCUGUGUGACUGUGAGAUUGCUCUGAUUAUCUUUAACCACUCCAACAAGCUGUUCCAGUACGCCAGCACCGACAUGGACAAGGUGCUGCUCAAAUACACCGAGUACAACGAACCUCACGAGAGCCGCACCAACGCUGACAUUGUCGAGACUCUGAAGAAAAAGGGAUUUAAUGGCUGUGACAGCCCAGAGCCUGACGGGGAUGAUCCAAAUGAGCAGAGCCCCUUCGCUGAGGACAAGUACAGGAAGGUCACUGAGGAUAUUGACGUGUUGUUCAAACGCUAUGGGUCAACCAUGCAGCCUGCAAGCUUCACCAUGCCCGUGACCAUCUCUGCCAGUGCCCAGAACCCGCUGCUGUCCUACACCAACCCUGGCUCGUCUCUGGUCAGCCCCUCGCUGGUGACCACUUCGCUGAGCGAAUCCGGCCUCCUGAGCCCCCAGCAGCCCACCAUGAGGAGGAACACCGUCUCCCCCGGUAUCCCAUCCAGGCCCCCGAGCUCGGGAAAUCCAGCUGUACUGAUGGGAACUGAGCUGGUCACGUCUAACGGAGAAUGCCCCAGCCCUGUUGGCAAUGGCUACGUGAACCCUAGAUCGUCGCCGGGCCUCCUGCCGAAGGUCAUGUCACCGAAAUCUCCACCGCCGCCGCCUCCCCUAGCUGCUCAGCCGAGCCACGGCAACAGCCGCAAACCGGACUUGCGGGUCAUCACCUCUCAGAGCAAGGGAUUAAUGGGAUCUCUGAGCACGCAGCAGUUGACCAGCUCCCAGGCCGCCCAGUCCCUGACCACCCCAGUGGUCUCGGUCGCUACCCCUAGCCUCCUGCCCCAGGGGCUCCAGUACUCGGCCAUGCACACGACAUACAACACAGACUACCAGCUGACCAGCGCAGAUUUAACAGCGCUACAGUCGUUCAACUCACCGGCUGGGCUGUCACUCAGCAACGUGGCGACUUGGCAACAGUUGGCCCCGGCGACGCUUGGCAACCUGUUCAUUUCUCCAGGGAACCAGCUCCCUCAGGUUUCCACACUGACAGUUAGCAGCUCUCAGGAUGUACAUGUGAAGUCUGAGCCAGUGUCUCCGACGCGGGAUCAUACCACCCCAUCAGGCCUCCUCCAGCAGGGCCUACCCCAGGACACGGGCCGUUCCCCAGUUAACAGCCUGAGUAGUAACAGCAGCUCGUUUGAGGGCAGCGAGCGAGAUGAAAGCAGGGACUAUAUUGCCCCCGUGGGUGCCCUGUCUGUGCCCGCGGGUGACCAGGCUGACAACCCAUCAGUCAAGCGCAUGCGAAUGGAUGCUUGGGUUACCUAAUGUGGCAGUCUACCCUGCACCCCACAUCUCUCCCGCAUCCUCCCCGGCCCUCAGCCCACUCCCAUCUCCACCCACCCCCUCUCACGCUUCCCACCCACCCCCCAACCCCCACACUCAAACUCUCUCUCUCUCUCUCUCUAUAAUAUAUAUAUAUAUCUCUCUACGUGUGAACCACCCCUGUUUUGUCCCUUCUGCUCCCAAAUGCUCUCCAACAAUGAGGCACAGAUACAGAGGGGGACGGAGAGAUUGAGAGGGAGGGAUAGAUAGGGAGAGGGAGGGAUGGAUGGAGA